AUGGCCAUCAGUGUUUUGACUCCGCAGGCCCUCAAUCAAGCCCCCGAUAUGUUGGCAAAUCACAAGACUGGUUUCCAAGUCACCACCAGCACUAUCGACGAGUUGUCGGAGAAGGGCAUCGCCGACAGAGAUGAGGACUUCAUCGUGGUGUCUCCAUACGAAGAAAGACCGCAUCUUCUCGAUUUGAAGACUCUCGAUAUAGCGAACCAAAUUCUGGCAAGAGCUCUCACUUCACUUAAUUGUCUUCGAGAGGAUUACGCGACCGCCCCCUAUGUCGAGAUAUUCAAUUGGCCAGAAAUCGUCGACGAAAUUCGACGGCGAGCCAGCGCCUCGAACUUCCAAUGGAAGGAGACCUCGUUCUUCGUCGUCGUCUUUAGAUCACAAAUUCCGCCAACUACGGUAUAUGCCGAUCUCGGUACUCUCGACAAGGCAGCACACGCCGAAGGAACGAAAAGUGGUGGCUUCUUGAAGUGAGUGACAAAUAAAAUUUCACUUACACCUUUCUAGACGCUAAACAUGAAUAGAUACUGGUUCGGAUCACCUGAUGAAAAUGGUAGAAAUCUCGCAACUUGCGUUUGGCGAUCCACCCAUGAUGCUAGAAUUGGAAGUAUGGGGGAGGCUCAUAGGAAAGCCGCUGGAGCAGCUCGAAAACUGUAUACGGAAUGGGAGAUAGAAAGAUUGAGGUUUCGAAUCAAAGAUGGCGCAAAUGAAUGGGAGAUUGUUGAGUGGGUUGAUUGA